ACAACAAACGGUACCACGCUACAUAAUGAGGUUCACGGUCCUCCGUUGUCGCUGUCAAUUGCGAUGGUGGUGGUGUUGGCGAGUUCAAAUCGGGAAUCGAUUAGUUUAAAAAUAUCUCCCCCGCCGCUCCCGUGCAGGAAAAAAGAAAAAUCGUUCGCCCGUCACAGGUGUUGAACAAAGGAGGCGACGGAUCGAGUGCGGUAACAAUGGAAAACGAGCAAAACGAACGCGACGCAAUGUAACGGCGUUCGUCGAUCGCGGGGACACAAUGAAAUAGAGCACAAAAACGAGUUUUGCUUUCUUUCGACGGGGAUCAAAGGGUGCCAUGAGCGAUUGCCAAGGGCAAACCCGUGGCGAUUAUGUGCGUCUUGGUCAGGCGAUCCUGAGAAAUUGUGUGACAUUUUUAGAAUGAUAACGUGGAGUCGUAAUCAACAAGUGCUUAUCGAUGGUUUAUCAAUGGCUCAUAUCAUAAUGUUUCAAGCAUACGGUCCGCCACACUGCAAACCGCACACUUUUAGUUCGAUCCAAAUGCGAAACGGCAGCAUUGCACCGUCCCACAAACGGUCGGGAGUUUUCCCGUCUGCCACCUGCGAGCUGUACGAGUUCGUUGGCCAGGGAGUGGAACGGAUCCAGAUUGUUUUCUCCGAGUUUCGUCUGCCCUCCAAGCUGGAACCGAACGAAUGUGGCGAGACGGACAUUCUGAUGCUUGAAAUAUAUACACCCUCCGCCACACCACAACAGGCAGCCGUUGUUUCUUGACCGACAAAAAGCGAACGCAAGGGGGGAGAAAAAUUACGACCACGUGCUGAACGUGCACCCGAAAACGAUAGAGGUGUUGCUCGAAUCAGGACCCAGCUCAAUGUCGACCAACUGUGGAGUAAGUGAAAAACUUUUGACUGCCAGGCAUCCCCCACAUCGCCAUAACUUUGCCAUCUCACUUGUGAGUUUUACUCAAGGGGCAGGGGUAAUGACCAACAUAAUAAAAACUGCACAACCGAAGUGCGGAGUG